UUCAAUUAAUGAGUUUUUUUAUAUUUGGGAUUCUUUUCAAAGCCUAUAUAUACACAAACUAGCUAGAACACUCAUAGCAAAAUCAACAAACACAAGAACUAGAGUAAUUAAUCAAGGAGUUCAUCGAUCAAACUGAGUUGGGUUCAGCAAUGGCGAGACCAGCUGCUGCCGUCACCGUCCUCCUCGCCGUCGUCGUCCUCGUCUCCGUCGCCGCCUCCCUCCCCUCCGCCGUCGUCGGCGACGCCCGCUUCGUCGCCCGCACGUGCAAGCGCACCAACCACACCGAGUGCGUGAAGAUGCUCAGCGCCGACCGGCGGAGCGCCAGGGCCACCACCGUGCACCAGCUCGCCGGCAUCGCGGUCGACAUCGCCGCCGCCACCGUGAAGUCCAGCGCCGCCGCCGUGUACGGCAAGUUCCUGGAGAAUCACGGCCAGGUCCUCGAGCUGACGCUGCUCGAGUGCUGGUGGAUGUACGACCUCGCCGCCGGCGAGGCCCAGGCGGCGGUCGACGCCUACAGCUCCGGCGGCGCGUACCUCGACGUGGUCAGGCACCAGCUGGCCGGUUACUACGCCGGGAUCAUGUGCGACAACAUGAUCGUCCGCCGCUCGAAGGUCUCUCCGGUGGCCGACAUCGACAGGACGACGGCGACGCACUGUAACAUCGCCGUCGAUCUCAUCGGGCUGCUUUACUAACUGAAAGUUUAUAGGAUUGUUUUACCUCCUGUAAAAUAAAAUAAAGUGGUAACCUUUCAAAGACAAUGAAAAAUGGCAGUUUGAAGUUA